AUGUCAGAAUCGCUCAGCGUCCCUGCCAUCCUCAGCGGCAUGGCGGAAGCGCUGCCCACACAUCCUCAUAACGACGAGUCAUCGGAUCUCGCAUCCUCCUAUGAAGUUAUCGCUCUUCUCAUUCACUCAUAUCUCUCCGCUCUUGGCUUCAAGCUCCAGGGCUUUGACGAGGACAAAAAGCUAGCUGAAUGCGAAUCACUUGCUCCUCGUCUGCCAUCACAAUGGAACUCGGGCUUCAAAUCUUACAGCUUUGUAUAUUCGCACAAGCAGUCAGCCAUGACCUUUAGUAUUCGUGUGGAUCGCAUGGGCAAGAAGGUUGAGGUUCGCGGACUGGCUGUGGGAGACGAUAAUAUUCGUCGUUUCGAACGAUCGAUUAGCGAAGUUGUGGACUCUAAGAAACUCCCUAUUCGCAUCACUAUCAAGGACAAUCAAGAAGACCGCAGUGACCUUGUUGAAAAGCUCCGCGCUGUGUUCACAUCUGAGAAAGCUAUUGCGGAUGUUCUCCAUGACCUCAAAAUCAACAUCGUUCAAAAACUCAUUCCUAAGCUCCAGAGUGAAGGGUAUGUCGAGACUGCUGAGGCAGAGGACAACGCACGCUCUGAGCGCCGUGCUCAAGAAGCACAGAACCCAAACCGACCAUUCCGUGGUGACCCUGCGCCUAACCCAAACAUGCCUCCGCCUCCGGUAAUCCCACUUCCCGAGAUGGCUCGUCCCCAGCCUUACCCCAUGGGCGACUUCCCUCCUCCAGGUUUUGAGGACGAGCACGAGGUGAAUCGACCACGACCACCACGAGGCGGUCCUCAGAUGCCUGGUGGGCAUCCUUACGGCAUCGGACACGACGACCUGUAUCCGCCUAACCCUCUCAAUCCUUUUUCUGGCGGGGGAUUGCCUGCUCGCCCCGGUGGUCACUCGGGUAUGCAUCCCACCUUCGACGACCCAUUGUUUACAGGACAAGGAGGUAAUGGGCACGGAGACGAUGGGUAUGGAGGCUACGAUCCCCAAGCUCCGCCCGGCGCGCGAUGGGACCCCACUGGUCCUGGAGGUAAUCCUCGAUUCCCUGGUCCUGGCAGUGGACGAAGUAACAAUCCUUUCGGUAGAGGUUUUGGAGGUGGCGAUAUAAUUUGA